AACCGUAUAUUAAGAAUUCAAACUAAUUCAAACUUUCGCGCCUUGUCGUCUGCUCCACUGCCCGCGCGCGGCGGUGUCAUCGCCGUUACGUCAGUCCGCCCUUGCGCAAUGGCGUCGAUGGCUGCAUGUGCUUCUUGCUUACGCGGAACCUCUGGGUGGACUCCUUGGCUAAAAGCUGCAAUCUGCAGCUUGAUAAAGGCCCAGAAGCCAUGGCACAUAGCAAGCAACAUCAACAACUAGAAAAGCAUUGCAUUUGAUGCAACUUCAGUGCAAGUUUGCCUUGAGAGACAUGGCUCAAAGCUGAGGAAAUGACUGCCUUGGGACGUAUCUUAUUGGCAGCAAAGGUCCAGCGCGCGCAGGCAUGCCGCAGCGAGAAAAGAAGGAAGACGACGACUGCGAAACAUGAAGUCGCGGUUCUUUCCCGCGGUCGCCCUGUGCCUGGCCUUCCUCUGCCAGCGGCUCGCGGUCUCCUCCGCGGACGUCGACGCCGGCAAAGGCGCCCGACCGCCGUCGCGUCGCGUCAGGGUCCAGCUCUUCUACGAGACCCACUGCCCGUACAGCCAGGACUUCAUCACGAAGCAGCUGUGGCCGACGUACGUGCGCCUCAGCGACCGCCUCAGCGUCCGCCUGGUCCCUUACGGCAUGGCCCGCAAGAGGGAGGCCGUGGGCGCCGACGGCCGCAAGACGACCGAGAUCUCGUGCCAGCACGGCCGCAACGAGUGCCUCGCCAACAUGAUCCAGGCGUGCGCCGUGACGCUCUUCAAGGGCACCUACCGGCUGCUCGCGUUCGUCGCCUGCAUGGAGUCCUCGACGACGCCCCACCGCGUGGCCAAGUCGUGCUCGUCGCGAGUGGGCGUCAGCUGGGCGGCGCUCGAUCGGUGCGCGUCCUCCCGGUCGGGACCCCGGCUCCUGCUGAAGAUGGGCCGCAAGACGGCGUCCCACCGGCCGCCGGUGAAGUACGUCCCGUUCGUCGUGGUCGACGGGCAGCAGGGCGACGACUUGCAGAGCAGGGCGGCCGCGGACUUCUUCGGACUGGUCUGUUCCCUGUUCGCCGAGCCGGCCGUGCCGCCCGCUUGCGUCUCGGAGCAGCAGCAGUCGCAGGAGCAGCCGGAAGUGCCCACGUCUUCGACGGAAAUGCCCGAGCUGCGAGGGUUGGGCGUCGAGGCGACGUCGCCGACGGCGGCCAGUACGGACGAGGCCGCAGCGAAACGGACAUAAAUGGGGAGAGCGACGCGAACAA